AUGGACCGAGGCCUCAGUAUCUUCCAAGUCCUCCAGACCGAGCUUCUAUCACGCGAAAACAACCGAUCCACGCUAGGAAUCGGGUUCCGCUUAGCCAUCAUCGAAGAGCGAGUCAAGAACCACGAAGCAAAAAGCAAAAACAAUCUGGCCUGGCGACCUCAGCAUGCCAUCACACCCAUCACUGCCCUCACACCCGAGACAAAACGGGUGGUCGAAGCCGAACGAGAACGGCUGUUGAAGAGAAGAGGCGCGAACCCUCUGAAAGACGACAAAGACCCUACCAUGCUCAUCCGGCACGAAGAGGUGUGGGAAGUCCACCCAGAUUUCCCAAGAACAGUGCUGGAAUUCAAAGAACUGCAAUUCCGCCCCGAUAUCGUACGCAGUAUGCUAGAAUUCUACGCUGUCAAGGUAUACCGACCAGACCUGAGACCGGUCACUACUAACCCAGAUGAUCGACUGGUCGAUGUGCAGCGGAAUCUUGAGACUUGUCUCGAGGAGCUGGCUAUGGCUUGGGGUCUGAACUGGUUUCGCAUUGGGGGGUUGACAUUGCCUGGUCAACCGAAUCCUUUUCCCAAUCCCUAG